UAUUUAAUAUAAUAAUAGAUUAUUUCAUUAAAAAUAAUGCCAAUAUUUGUGAAUUUUACUUUCUUUAUGUGAAAACUAUAACCUAAAAAAAAGUGACUGGUGGUGUGACAGCUGUGCUGAGUGUACUUUUUUAACAACGUGUUAUCUGUGCACAUGCCGCAUUUCAAAUACAUUUACCGUGUAAAGUAUUAAUUUAUUUUAAUUGACAAUGACUGCAGAAAUUGUAGAAAUUGAAGCAUUGUCCAUAAAUGGAACUGGCGACGAAGAAGAUGUUGUAACACCUUGGAAUGUUACGAGCAAAAAUGACACCGGAAUUGAUUAUGACAAAUUAAUAAAAAAAUUCGGAAGUUCCAAGAUAGACGAUGAAUUAAUAAAUAGAUUUGAAAAGAUAACGCAAAAGAGGCCUCAUCAUUUUCUAAGAAGAGGAAUAUUUUUCUCUCAUCGUGAUAUGCAUACUAUAUUAAAUCUUUACGAACAAGGAAAACCAUUUUAUCUUUAUACGGGUAGAGGUCCUAGUUCAGAUUCUAUGCAUAUAGGACAUUUGAUACCAUUUAUGUUUUGUAAGUGGUUACAAGAUGUCUUCGAUGUUCCUUUGGUGAUUCAGUUGACGGAUGAUGAAAAAGCUAUAUGGAAAAACAUUGAUAUAGAAAGCGCUAUUAAGUUAGCACAUAAUAAUGCGAAAGAUAUUAUUGCUUGCGGCUUUAAUUUAUCUAAAACAUUUAUCUUUUCUAAUUUAGAACACAUUGGAAAUAACCCAGCAUUUUAUCAAAAUAUGAUAAGGGUACAACGAUGUGUUACGUAUAAUCAAGUGAAAGGUAUUUUUGGUUUUGGUGACAGUGAUCCUAUUGGAAAGAUUGCAUUCCCACCGACGCAGGCUGCGCCAGCAAUCUCUGGAACAUUUCCUUUUAUUUUUCAAGAUAAAAAGGUUGCUUGCUUAAUACCAUGUGCUAUAGAUCAAGAUCCAUAUUUUCGAAUGACAAGAGAUGUAACGCCUAAAAUUGGAUAUCCAAAACCCGCUCUGUUACACUCCACUUUCUUUCCAGCAUUACAAGGCUCUAAGACAAAAAUGUCUGCAAGCGAUAAUCUCACAGCAGUAUUUUUAACGGAUACACCUAAGCAAAUUAAGAAUAAAAUUAAUAAGUACGCAUUUUCUGGCGGACAAGCCACUGUAGAAGAACACAGGCGGUUAGGUGGAAACUGUGAAGUAGACGUUUCCUAUCAAUGGUUACGAUUUUUCUUAGAAGAUGAUGAAAAAUUAAAGAAGAUCAGAGAAGGUUAUACCAGCGGACAAAUUCUAUCAGGAGAAAUCAAGAAAGAGUUAAUCGAAGUCUUACAACCUCUCGUUGCUAAACAUCAAGAAGCCAGAAGUAAAAUAACGGAUGAUAUCUUAAAGGAAUUUAUGAAACCGCGAGAUUUAGGUUUUGUAUAUAAAUCAUAGUUAUGUUAGACAGUUAACAUUUCGUACAAAACGUCCUUGUUUGCGAGCUGAAUUGAACUAUUGCUAAUUUUAAGUUAAUUUAUCGUUAAACACACAAGCACAAGUUUAAGUGUCUUAAUACAGGUAUUCGGGCCUUAAGGAAGUAAUUUACGAUGUUAAUAAAAUUAAUUUAAUUUUUCGAUUA